AUCUGUUGCAUCCGAAACGCCUUGUGCGCAGCAUCCCGCCAAGAAGCUAGAAGGGGGUGGAAUUAAUUUCGAAAACGCCAGCAGUCGCAUAAGUAGUCGGAUUUGGGCUAUAAAAACGAACCCCCUGCUGUAACUGUAAUAAAGAUUGUAUCGAACGGAUGAAGAGCGUAACUGUUGCGCGUUUCGUGGAAUGCAUAAAAAGAAUCAAUGUUGCAGCAUUUAAUCGUGAUUUGAAACGUAGUAGAAAGUAUUUCAUCCGUUACUAUCACCUUUAAUUGAGAGCAACACAGACGAGAAUCGGGAAUAGCGAUAGCCUAGAAAAUGCAGCUAAAUGCAGUUGCUUAUCAUUCCCGCCUUAAUCUUGCCCGUUCUUGCAAAUCGCCCUCAAACGAACCCAACCAUUCACGCGAUGAAGUUCGCAGCAAUUAUUGUAGGAAUUGUGUUGCUCUCCUUUACCGUCAGCAGUAGGAGUGCAACACCACGCGGGCGUUACCGGCGCACGAUGGGAGCCGGCGAGAGCUUCAUCAACUGUUUGGCAAUCGGAAACUCAACGCAGCGCAUCUGUUCCUACGACCUUGACCUGCUGAAUGCGAUCGAACGGCAGCAAGGCAACGGAAGUCGCCCGUGCCCGGAAGGAAGAGUUUUUCGCCGCCACUGCAACGUAUGCAAAUGUGGCCGGGCUGGUGCGUUUGAGUGUAGUACCGAUCUGUGCGGGGAGGAUUUCUUUCACCCGACUGGUUUGCCACGAUACUGGUGAGAGUGUGUGUGUGUGUCGGGACAGUGCAUAAGAGGGGAAGUUGUUUGGUCGAUAGAGUAAUUGCAGUAUCUGUUAAGCUCCAUGUGAGGUAGGGUAUAAGGUUUGUUUUGCAAGUGAAUAUAAUCGCCCUGUAAUUUGGCAUAAUUACAGAUUGUUACAAUUUUAAAUAGCAAGGAACGUAAGGAAAGCAUCUCCGGAAAAUGCCAGUUAUGGGUGUUGCAACUGGGGAACACUAUGUUUAUUCUGAGUGAUGCUUUCGUAUCUGGUACAUAAAUAUCUGUAUGCUACUUUAA